AUACUAUGAACAUACAAACAUCAUGGCAAACUAAAAAUAGCCCGUAUUCAUUAGUAUUCGGUCAAAACCCUUUACAUUAUUUUUUAUUAUUAAAAGAAGUCAAAGGGCAACGUAUUAAUUAUGAAGACGAAUUACCUGAUAAUUGGUUUGAACCUUCUGAGCCUCAGGAUACUUUCGAUCGGCAAGAAAUUGAGGCGAAUAAAAUAGUUGAUAGAGAGAUGAAUAUGGAUAAAGAGAUGGAUAAAGUAAUAGAUGUGAAUAAAGAGGUGGACAAAGUGAUAGCUGUGGAUAAAGAGAUAGACAAAGUGGUAUAUGUAGAUAAAGAGAUAGACGAAGUGAUAUAUGUAGAUAAAAAGAUAAAUGAAAUAGUGAAUGUGGAUAAAGAG